AUAGAAAAUGCAAUAAUUGAAACUGUAAAAAAUGGGACUACUUUUGGAGCACCUACUGCCUUAGAAAAUAAAUUAGCUGAAUUAAUUAUAUCCAAUCAUCAAUACAUAGAAAAAAUAAGAUUUGUAAGUUCUGGCACAGAAGCUGUGAUGAGUGCUUUACGCUUAGCACGGGGCGUUACAGGAAAAUCAAAAAUUAUAAAAUUUGAAGGUUGCUAUCAUGGACACACAGACGCAUUGUUGGUAAAAGCUGGCUCUGGCUUAAUUACAUUUGGCACAUCAAGCUCGGCUGGUGUACCAGAAGCAUUUGCCAACGAAACUAUUGUGUUGCCAUUAAAUGAUGAACAAAAAUUAGAAGAAACCAUUACUGCACUACACCAAGAAAUAGCAGCUGUCAUUAUAGAACCUAUUCCUGCAAACAAUGGUCUACUAUUGCAAAGCAAAAAAUUCUUAUUUCAUUUACGUGAAUUAUGUGUAAAAUUCAAUAUUUUAUUAAUCUUUGAUGAAGUUAUCUCAGGAUUUAGAGUAGGAUUUGAAGGUGCAUCUGGCUUGUACGAAAUAGGUGCAGACAUCUACACAUUUGGAAAAAUAAUUGGUGGCGGAAUGCCUGUUGGUGCUUAUGCUGCAUCAAAUAAAAUAAUGAGUCAUGUGGCUCCAGAAGGUGCCGUAUAUCAAGCAGGAACUCUAAGUGGAAAUCCUGUGGCAAUGGCUGCUGGCAUUGCACAAUUGCAACAAUGUUUAGUUCCAAAUUUUUAUAAAACAUUACAAGAAAAAACGGAACAAUUAGUUGAUGGAAUUAAUCAACAUAUUCAUUUAAAAAAAUAUGAAUGUCAUUUAUAUAAUAUUGGCUCCAUUUUUUGGAUAACAUUUUCUAAAGAAACUCACAUUAAUAGUGCAGAUAAAAUUGAUGGAAAAAAUGGUAUUUAUUUUGGUCCAUCAGGAUAUGAAGUAGGUUUUGUUUCUGCUGCACACAGCGAGGAAGAUAUUAAGCAAACCAUUGAUGUAUUCUCGGCUGGCUUAGACCUUGCUUUUAGU